CCUGCCCUGUUUCUUACAGCAAAACCAAUAUCCAGUGAUCGUUCUCCAACUCUUCUGCACAAAACAUACCAUACCCUUCAAAUCCCUCAAAAUUACAACUUCCUCUUCUCUUCUUCUACUCCUUCCCGUUCAUUCAUUCAUUCAUUCUCUCAAUGGAGGACCGCCACACCGGUUCGGUUCAAUUUCAACGACCCGACCCAUUUGGCCGGUUCGGCCGGUUCGGCGGCAAGUACGUGCCGGAAACUCUAAUGCACGCUCUCACCGAGCUAGAAACCGCAUUCCAUUCACUCAAAGCCGACGAAGACUUUCAGAAAGAGCUUAGUGGGGUUCUGAGGGACUAUGUGGGUCGUGAAAGCCCCCUUUACUUCGCUGAGAGGCUUACACAGCAUUACAAGCGUGGUGGUGAUGAUGGUGAAGGGCCUCAGGUGUAUCUGAAGAGGGAGGAUUUGAAUCACACGGGUGCUCACAAGAUCAACAAUGCUGUUGCUCAAGCAUUGCUUGCAAAGAGGUUGGGAAAGAAAAGGGUUAUUGCUGAGACUGGUGCUGGUCAACAUGGGGUUGCUACUGCCACUGUGUGUGCUCGGUUUGGGUUGGAAUGUGUUGUUUAUAUGGGUGCUCAGGAUAUGGAAAGACAGGCCCUUAAUGUGUUCAGAAUGCGACUUCUUGGUGCUGAGGUGAGAGCUGUCCAUUCUGGGACUGCUACAUUAAAGGAUGCUACAUCAGAAGCUAUAAGGGAUUGGGUGACUAAUGUGGAAACAACACAUUAUAUUUUGGGUUCUGUUGCUGGGCCACAUCCAUAUCCAAUGAUGGUAAGAGAGUUCCAAGCAGUGAUUGGCAAAGAAACAAGAAGGCAAGCAUUGGAAAAGUGGGGAGGGAAGCCAGAUGUUCUGGUCGCAUGUGUUGGUGGCGGUUCAAAUGCCAUGGGACUUUUCCAUGAAUUUAUUGAUGACAAAGAUGUUAGGCUGAUUGGUGUGGAGGCUGCUGGGUUGGGCCUAGAAAGUGAUAAGCAUGCUGCCACAUUAACGAAGGGAGAAAUUGGGGUCUUGCAUGGAGCUAUGAGCUAUCUUUUGCAGGAUGAUGAUGGGCAAAUAAUUGAGCCUCACUCUAUCAGUGCAGGGUUGGACUACCCUGGGGUUGGACCAGAGCAUAGUUUCUUGAAAGAUGUAGAGCGUGCUGAAUACUACAGCGUUACCGAUGAAGAAGCACUGGAAGCCUUUAAGAGAGUAUCUCGGAUGGAAGGUAUAAUUCCAGCUUUGGAGACAUCUCAUGCUUUGGCUUAUUUGGAGAAACUCUGCCCUACCCUUCCAAAUGGAACUAAGGUGGUGGUUAACUGCAGUGGCAGAGGGGAUAAGGAUGUUCAAACUGCUCUGAAGUACUUGAAUGUUUGAAUGUAUGGAUCCUGGUUCUACUAGACAUGCUAUGAUGCUAUGACAUGAUUGAGUCUUCAGCAUAGAUCAACAGCUUGGCUCUUGAAUGGCUUUCUAUCUUAUUGAUAUUGCUAUGAAAUUCCUGAGUUUGAGGUGGAUUACUUGUGAAAGAAUGGAUUUUAGGAAUACUUCAGUUUGUGAAAACCAACAUGUGAUUUAGAAUUUUUAGAAGUGCCAUAUUGGAAUAAAGGAUAUUUAUUGUCGUUG